AAGAAGAAGAAGAAAAAACAGGCUCCUGAUCAGCGCAGAUAAUUGUUUUCAGACAGCUGCUGCUGCUUCAGUCAGUCCGCUGCCACACUGAGAAACAGACGAACAACCACAACCAGCUUUACACACACAGACGGAGGCGGAACAUGGAAGCCGAGGAAGAGUGGGACAAAGACCUGAGUGCGCACAAGCUGCUGGAUAAAAAGGUGCUCUGCAAGCAGGAUGGAAGGAUCGGUAUAGCGAGGACUCUGCACAGCCUGUUGAAAACCCAGAACACACUGCUGAUUCAGUCCAUUACCCGCUCACAAUGUGCAGGCUCCUGUCCAAAUCUGAUGAUGAGUAGGAGCGAGCACGCCGAUGCGAGGCCCGUCCCUGUGGCCCUCACCCCCCAGCUCCCCCCCAGAGCUCACCGGCCCCUCUGCGUGUCGGUCUCCUCCGACAGCAGCGGACGCUUCAAAGCUCUGGAGACGCAGGAGUGGAAGAAUAACCUUAAAGCGCAGAUGGAGCAGGCCCACAGUGCCGGAGCAGCCAGCAGCACAGGCUCUCUUGAGCGAGCGUCUCUCUUCUGCGCCUCGGCCUCCACCACAGCGUCCAGCUCUGGCCUGUCCAGUCCAGUGGAGAUCCUCAACAAGAGCAAGUCCUCCAGCCGCUUCUCUCUCUUCUCUCCACCCUGGAACAGCAGCUCCGAGUCCGACUCCAACCCUCCGUCCCGUUCUGGUUCCAAGAAGUUGCGCAACUACAGCAGGAGAGCCGCCACGGGGCCGGCGGGUGCCAGGGGCCCUGAUACGCCCGAGCCCAAACCUAGCGGCCCUGAACACUUCCAGUACUCCGAACCUGUCAUCUCCAAGGUGACGGACUACAUCUACGUUGGCAACCUGAACGCGGCAUACAACGGUCGCACCCUGUGCCGCAACAACAUCGAUAGCAUCAUCGACAUGAGUUGCGUGCCGGGAGAGCCGGGGCCCAGCCUCAGCCUCAUACCCUGCACCUGCUCCCGCGGCACCCGCCACAGCUGGUCCCGCCUCAAGGUGGACAUCGGAGACGUGCCGGGCGCUCUGGGCGAUGGCCCGGCCCUGAAGCAGCGCUGCUUCGAGGACAUCAACGAGUGCAUCGACGCCUCCACCGAGAAGAGGAAGCGCGUCCUGGUCCACUGUCGGGACGGGUUCUCCCUGGCACCGACGUGUAUCAUCCAGUACCUGAUGGUGAAGCAGAACAUGAGGCUGAUCGCCGCCUACGAGCUGCUGAGGGCCAAGUACCCGGUCAACAUCAGGGAGUGCCACCAAAAUGUGCUGGUGAGCCUGGAGAGGGCGCUGCGGCCGGGGGGCAACGUCGACCCUGAGUGCUUCAAACAGGCCAUCUCGCGCAAAGUGGCGUGGACCUGACUCAGUUUCCCAUCAUGCUCGGCUGCUGCUCAAGGCUCUCUUUAUUCCUCCACCCUCCCAUGGUAUUAGAUAUUUACCUAAAAACAACCAAGGGCAGCUGUACUUUCCCCCAUAAACUGGUCAACUGGAUAUAAUAUCGUUCCCACUUGAGUUCAGUUGUUGUGAAACUUUGAUGAAUUUGAUGUUUCCUCCUCAAACCUGUAAAUGUGACUUGCCUGUGAUGCCCCCCCCCCCCUCCCCCCUAACAGAACAGGAUACGCAAUAGACUUCACUGUAAUGUAUACAGCUUCUCGGUAUAACGAUGUAAUAGUGUUGGCUGUAUAGUUGAUAUAGUCCUGCUUCAGUCCUGUGCCAUGCCGUCGUGGUGGUGUUUUAUAUCAGGGGAAUUUCUUAAUGGGAGAUCUCAGGAGAUAAUUGAUGUCAUUCCAGUACAGGGUGGGAAGUUACUCAUUAGUCUGCGGCCCCGUUCACACCUGGGAAUUAAAUGCAUCUUGGUGAGCUGCGUUUGGAGAUAUGUCCGAAAGGGAUUGAAAAAGUUUAGGAAAAAUGCGAAGGUAUUCACCAGGUCGCCUCCACCCUAAUAACACAACAUAACCACUAACAGUUGAGAUUCAAAAUAACUCGGAUAAGGAUAUUUAAAGGUACUCAGUGGACUUUUCUUUCACCAAAUGAUGUAUGGCUUGCAUGUACUACAUGUUGCAUCACCCCGUCCUCGUGCACAUGCAAAUAGAUCACGAGAUGCAAACAAAACGGGGACCAGUUCAUCAAAACGUUUCUCCACAGCUCCACUAGUGGUCAUCAACUCCACGCAGUAACUUUAACUUUAUACCUAAAGUGAGUUAUCAAGCAGCCUAAACUUCCUGUCUGGCUUUAUUGCUGCUGAACCCGAACUGUGUUUUAAGAGCAGUUUAACUCUGAUUUUAAUUUGCAAGUGAAAUUGAAACAUAAGCUCAAGAUGCAUUUUAGAAAUGUCUCUAAUUCCAGGGGUGAACUCAGAUCUGUUGAAUAUAGAUUUUGACUAAAUCUGACAACGAAGCAAGUAACUGGCCAUCAUGUGUUUGGAGGCUUGUUUUUCUUCCUAAAUAAUCUGUUUUGCUGAUUAAAAUGGUUGUUUGAAUAUAGUAGCCAGUGUAGUUGGUGGGUUAAAAAAAAAAAAAAAAACUUUUCCAACCUUGUUGAAACGAAGCUGCAGCUCUGAAGAUCGGAGGAUGUUUGUGUGAUCUUUGUCACCGUUGGAUCUAUCGCCACUGACUGGAUUACAUUACUGAUGAAUCUGCUUCUACUGCAAGAGGGAACUUUGCACACGGACACAUGUUUUAAAUCUUGAACUGCUUCUGUUGUUUGUGACCUUUUUCACGCUGUUUUUUUGUGUGUUUUCCGAGGUCAUACUUACCCGACCUCUCCUCUGUGAGGAAGACUGUAGCCCUGUUUUCAGCCACAGUUUGUUUGGUUAAAUCUCUCCGGUGGUGCUCAGACUGUGGCUUUGUGAAUUUGAACUUCGGUGUAUGCAGUGAAGCUGGGUGAUGUGCAUCUCUGUGGAUUAUCAGUAUUAGUGUGUCAGUGCCACUGAACUGCGAUUCAGGGUUUACACUGCAAGAGAUGAUUUUGCACUACACGCGGGGGUUGCCCAAAUGCAAGUGUUGCCUUUUAUUUUAAUAUUGAUUGGUUAUUUUAUUUUACUAUCAGCUAUGAGUUUGCCAGUUACCAUGUUUACAUGCCCAUGAUAAUAACCACAUUAAGGGAAUGGUUCAAUUAAAGUGUUUACAUGGUUCACAGUAUCUGUUUUCCCUGACAAGUUUACAUUUGUUUGUUGUGGAGGGCUGGAACUAAAACAACUUUCAGUCUCAACAUCAACCUUUGUUCAAGGUUUCACAGUAAGGCCGUGUUUGAAGAAAAACAGAAAAUCAUCAAAUCAUCACAAAUUGGUUUUUCUGUUGUUUUUUUUUUUUAUAUAUAAAUGACAAAAAAGAUUAAUUGAUUUUGAAAGUAGAUUAUUUUUUCUGUAUAUCAACUACUGGAUUAAUCAUCUAAUAGGUUCAGCACUUAUGUCAACAUUAGGUGCAUGAUAGGUUUGGAAACUGGUGCUACAGACACAGUUCAGUCAGUACUGACAAAAGUAGAGGUUAAUAUGGCCUGUGUUAAUUUGAAGGCGACUAUAGUAAAGAAAAGAGGGAAAAUUACUGAAUUCUUCUUUCCACAUCAGCCAUUAUGGUAUAUUAUAUUAUGUUAUAUAUAUAUAUUUUUUAUAUAAGGCAUAAAUCAAUACCUUCCUGAAAUCAAAAAUCAGAAUUCAUUGACAUUCCCAAAUUGAUGUGAUGAUUGAGCAAAAGUCUAGUUUGUCUAAUGGAUAUCUGUUAUUUAGCAUAAUGUGGAUGAGACCAAGUAGACCAAAGGUGCAACACUUUACACCAUCUGGAUCGCCUUAAUCUGAUUAAAUUCAUAUGAUUAGUGGGUACAUGAAUAUAUAUAGUCGGUGCGCUGACCUCAGCUUUAAAUUUACUUACCCAACUAUGUGACUUCUGCAGAUUUUUGAGGACAGAAGUGAUGGGAAAUAUUUAAAAAUUAAUUUUUUUCAACUUGUGGGAUGCUAUUUUUAUCCCGCUAGUCAGGUAAGAUCCAUCAGGUUGUGCUCCGACUAAAACUUUACUGCUUCCUGUCCCACCUUUCUUCACCACAACAUGCAAAUAUAUUUUGUCAUGCCAAUUGUGGUCUGACUGGAUUUAAUUAAAGAUAAAAAAGGAAAAGAAUAUAUAGUCAGCACAAUUUGUCAUAAUGGUUCCAUUUAAGGGCUACGGGUUCGAUUGUAGUUUGCUAAUGGUCCAGGUUAGCUAGCUAAUGCUAUCUGAAGAUAGAUUAGCUAAUGGUGGCUAAUUAAUGUCCUCAAUCAAUGAAACUGCUGUACAAAAACAUGAACCAGACACAUUAGCCUACUGUGUUCUCUAUAACAUAUUAGUUCAAUAAAGAUAGUUUUGCUCUAAAGUCGUUAGCUUGUCAAGUUUGGCUCUGUUUAAGCUACAGUUCAAUUAAGUAGCUAAGUGUUUGCUUCAGGUUAGCUUACGGUUCAGUUCAGUGGUUAAAAUUUUGAAUUUUGAAAAUGAAAUCUUAAACUAUCAAAAACUGAAGGUGUUCUUUUAGCAUAAACCAGGCAGAGGAACCUGAGUAGUCAAAUACAGGCACGUUGUAGCUCUAAAUUUGUUAGCUAGCGAGGUCUGAAACUACCCCUCUUGCACAACGCUGAAGCUGUGUUGUCAAACCCAAAAAUUAAUUACUUUUAGCGUAAAGCAUGAGCCAACUGAUAUUAACUGAUAUCACAUUUUCUCCCUAGAUUAAUUCAAUACUUUAAUUGACUCUAAAUAUGUUAGCUAGCAAAGUCUUGUCUUAGUUCUGGUUGGCUAACGGUUUGUGUCCCCCUUCAAUCAAUGAAAAAACUCCUUGUACAAAUCUUACGCUCCAUUGUCAAAGCUGAAGCACAAACCAGAGGGAUAUUAACCCACUGUUUUUACCGUUAGGUAGUCGAGUUUCGUUAGCUAGUUAAGUUUGGUCGCCGUUAAUUAACAGUUUGACGGUUUUCGUCUUGUUCAGUCAAAGAAAUCUUUUCCCCUCGUAUGCAAGUUUGUCAUGGUCUGAACUUUGAAGCUGUGUUGUAAAAGCUGAAGAAUUAUUUAUUUAUUAACAGGCAAGAUAUUAGCACACUGUUAGAUUUUCCAUUAGCUAGUGCGCUAACGUCUGGUGCCGAAUCAGUAAGUAAAUUUUCUACUGUUCUGUUUUGUGGUUAUAAUUUUAUUUCGUACUGGUAAACGGUUGGUCUCCUGUCGAAUCAAAGAAAAGAUCUCGUCAUGAUGCAAUAUGUUUAACACAAACCAUAUUAGCCUGCUGAAUAAUAACUCACUACUUACUACAUAAUAAACCUUUCUGAUAAUAAAAACAAUGCAAAUACUAACAUUAUUAAAAAGGGCAAACGGUAUCUACAUUGAGGGAUUUUUUUUUUGUUUGUUUGUUUGUGUUUGUAUUUUAAUUUUUCAAUCUUUAUAUUUCUUUGGUUCAUGGGCAGCCCCAGUGAGAAUCAGCUGUUUAGGGCAGUUUUAACAACAUUAACCCUGCAGCACAGUUCAGUCUCGACGCGUGCGGAGUGGAAACUAAAAGUAUGGUGCCUUCAUCCGAAGUCGUCUCGUGACCGUACGGUGACAUUUGCACACUUUGUAAGACUUUAACUUCUCUCAGUAUGUUGUAAAAUGUUCAAUAUUUUUUGAUGUUUUAUUUUGGGCAAAAAAAAAGAAGAAAAAAAACAGUAUGACAUUUGUGUAAAGUGGUCCUGUAAUAUAUUUGCUAGCCAUUAGUGUACAGUACCGGUGUUUAACUAAUGCAGGUGGUGAUGAGACUGAAGCAGAAGAUAUAUUUAAUUCUCAUACUGUAGUUGACACAGUGUCGGCAUAUUUUGGUUUAUCCCUUAUUCUAAAAGUCAAAGUCCUCAUAUCCAACUGAAUCGGUUUUCUAACUCGUUCUCUCAGGUGAUUUCUCAGUGGGCCAGAAUGUUCUCGAUGAAUAUGAUGUUCAGAAAUGUGAAGCGAUGUGUUUCUCAUGUCAUGUUUCUAAAGUCAGAUAUAAUUUGUACUGUUGAAAUAUUAAAGGAAAACAUGUA